AUGCGUUCAGUAUUUGCUAAAAAAUCUAAAACAAAAUUAAAUCCUAAAACAAAACUUGAACCAACCAUAGAAAAUGAAUUAAUGUUAAAAUCAGAAGAGAAACAUUUCACAGAUGAACAAAAUGAUAAUUUACAGAAUAAAUAUACAUUAAGAAGUAAAAUUAUCAAACAUAAUUCACUUGAUAAAAGAAAAUCAGGUGCUAGUUUCAAAUCAUCAUCAUCUGAUGUUUAUAUACGUCGUGGAUUAGGUGUAUCAGUGACAUUUGAAUCAACAUUACCAACACAAAUAUGGCAAGCAUCACCAAGUCCUUCACCACCAUUAAGUGAACAAAUAAAAAAUGAUGAAAAUAAUCAAGGUAUUAAAAAUUCUACAUCAUCUUCAUCAAAUUCACAGAGUUGUGAAUCAUCUAAUGAAAGAAUUCGAAUGAAUUAUAAGAAUCGUCAUGGAAGUUUAAAUGAUAUUCAUGAAUGUGAUGAUAGCAGUGAUGAGACAAAUCCAUCUCGUUUGAGCUAUCCUUCGUUAAGUAGUUGUACUAGUAGUGAUGAAACAACAACUAGUCAAGAAAGAUUAAGUCAUCGUUUAAGUAGUAGUACUUCAGAUAGUAGCUCCAGUUUAGAUUUACGCAUAUUACCAAAUAAUGGAACACAUUCCACACAGAAAAUUAGUGAAAACAUCACAAAGGUAAAAAAGAUAGGGAAAGUGAGAGAUAUUCAAAUCGUAAGAUACAUCACAAAACUUCCUGCCACCCCCACCCCAGGCUUCGGUUCUGGUGGGUCAAUAGGCUCGGAAACAGAAGACAAGGACUCUGGAAGGGGUCCCAGUUCAGGUUCAGAAUGGGGGAGUGGUCGUGGAGGUAGUUCAAAUAUAACACUAGAUCGGUCUAUAGUGGAACAUACCUCAAGUGAAGUGGGAUUAGACUAUCAAGGUUCACAAUCAAACAGACGAUCGAGAAAUGUUAAAAGUGCUGAGGAAUCUCAGCUUGGAUGGUAUGCACCUACAGGACUAGAAUGGUCGGAUCGAAACUUUCAUCCAGGUGAAGAAUCUCUAUCCCGUGACUCAGCGUUUCAAAGCCCGAAUACAGAUAACCUAGCACCAUCACUACAUGUUACAGAAGUAAGUCAAUCUGCUGCAAAUAAGAGUUCUUCAAUGCAAAAAGCAUACCCACCAUCUGCAAUAACUCUAACGACUAUUACCGGAAACACUCCUGUUCUAGAAAUGAGACACAAUGGGACCCCAACCCUGUGUGCUCGGGGACUCCCUUCAGCAUCAACAACAGAUAGUCUGGCCACAAGUACAACAACUUGUACUACAGUGGUCGAUAUAAGAGAAGGACAAGAUGAGCAUACAAAUAACCCCAGAGCUGGUCCAUCCACUAAAUAUCGAGUACCAACGCCUGAUCCUUCAUGUUGGGAACCGUAUAAAACUGUAAUUCAUGUGAAUGAAACUAGUCUUGAAAAAUUUACUUUAGUGUAAAUAUGAAUAAAGUAACAAUCAGUUCAAAAUAUAAUGAAUUAUCAGAGUGCAAUUAUCUUGCUUACACUUCCAAAUAACAGAAUAUAUGCAAUUUAUUUAUCACCCAUAAGCGGAUUUCAAAGGAAAAAAUAUCAUAAAAGCAAAU